UGAGUUUGAUUCCAAAAGCCUCCAAGAUGCCAGAACUACACGUAUAUAAGGAUGCAACAGCAUUGGAAACCUCAUCGACACAGAGAGCUGGGAGAGAGAGAGAGGUGGGAACGGCAGCAGGAUAUGCCCACCUUCACUGUGAAAUUUGACACUAAUGAUGAAUUGUUUUCUUGUGUUUCAGGUUCGAGGAAGGAAACAUGAUGCUGGUGUGGGUUUUGGUGCUGACCGCACUGCUUGCCAGUGAUGUGGCAGAGACAAAUUCCUUGGGACUGGAGGAGACUCAGCAUCACCUUGAAAAACGAGAACUAGUCAAAGGACCGUGUGAUGAAGACUGGUUUUAUUUUCCUUCCUUAAAAUCUUGCCACCGUUUUUUCUCUGUCAAAAAGACAUGGUCAGAUGCUGAGGUGAUGUGCAAUGCCCAACCACAUUAUGCAAAUCUGGUUACUGUGAACUCGAAGGAACACGACACAUUCAUUGUCAAGGUGAUUGGUACAGUGAGCGACGAAAAAACACCCGCUUGGAUUGGCCUAAACGACUUAUGCAAGGAAGGGAUUUUCACAUGGAUCGAUGGAAAAUCAUCCCUAUACCGACAGUGGAGUAGCUCACAACCCAACAAUCACGAGGACAAUGAAAACUGUGUGCUAAUAAAUUUUUAUCGUAAACGAAGUUGGAAUGAUGAAGUAUGCGGCAAAGGAUAUGGUUUUGUUUGUUCCUACCUUCUGCGCAAUCAAGAGAAGACUCCAGAAUGAUCCACUCAUCCUUUCCAGCAGUGGAUCCAGUGCUUUGAUUUCUUUGUAGCCGCUCUCACUGUCUGUGGUGACUGUACUCACUGUACUCAGCCAAUAAUAAAGAGAACUGCAUCAUGAGCUGUGUGUUUGGUGCUGUGUGAGUCCAGUUUCUCGCAGCCUUCCUGUCCCACUGUUGCUUCCUCCCCACCUCUGCACUCAGUGCUGCGCUGAGGAGAAGGCGGCACAGACUUUACACAAUGAACUCUUGUCCUUCGGCCGCACCUGGUGUGUUGGGUCCUGGACACCGCACCUGGGGGAGAAAUAAAGGCUGUGGAGAGGAUACAUGGGGAGUUAGUGGGAUAGUUGCAGGGAGAGAGCUUUAAUGGUCCUGUGGGAGAGCUGCAGAAGAUGAACUGGGCCGAGAAAUUCCUCAGCACAUCUGUAAGAAAACCACUGAUGUAUGGUUAUAACUCAGAGAGAUGGUGGGAGAAACUCAACAUUGCACCACUCUCACCCACUUGGUAUAUUCACUCCACUCACUCGUGCUUCCUAUUUCAUUACAUUUUAGACAUACAUUAAAAAACAAGGGGGUAAGUAAGGAGAAGGCAGGACCAAACUUGGAUAAAGGGGGAACUUAAUGCUUGGAAUUAGAAGGUGUAAGAGAAUUACUAAAUGAGGAGUUUGCACCAAUAUUAACCAAGGAGAAGGUCCUGGAGAACAGUGUGGGGUAUACGGAUAUGCUUGGGCAGUUUAAUAUCAAGAAGGAGGAGGUGCUAUGUUGUUUGGAGAAGAUUAAUGAGGUGUGGGAUUUGGGGAUGUAGCCGGGUCAACACUGACCUCACCAACACUUGUAUAAAUAGCUCAUUCUAAACUUUCCCCCUAGUCUAGUUUCAGUCAAAAGCCACUGAAUCAAGCACUUGAUCAACAAAUCUUAAUUUUGACAAAACACAAUUACAGUUCAACCACUGUGCCUAUCCCAUGGCGGGUUUGAUCCUCGUAUCUGGCUGUUCAUGCACUCUAGGCCUAGCUCAAACAGAGACACUCCAGAAAGUCACGUAGUCCCAAGCGCUCUCCAAGAGGAUCGAUGCGGGACCUCAUGGCAGUGGACUUUUAUAGAUCCCGGGACCUCGAAGGGCUGAACCACAAGCUAGAGGCAGGAAACAGGUUCCCGAUGUUUGGGGAGUCCAGAACCAGGGGCCACAGUUUAAGAAUAAGGGGUAAGCCAUUUAGAACGGAGACGAGGAAACACUUUUUCUCACAGAGAGUUGUGAGUCUGUGGAAUUCUCUGCCUCAGAGGGUGGUGCAGGCGAGUUCUCUGGAUGCUUUCAAGAGAGAGAUAGGUAGGGCUCUUAAAAACAGCCCUACCUAUCAGUGGAUAUGGGGAGAAGGCAAGAAUGGGGUACUGAUUGGGGAUGAUCAGCCAUGAUCACAUUAAAAUGGCGGUGCUGGCUCGAAGGGCCAAAUUACCUACUCCUGUACCUAUUGUCUAUUGUCUAUUGUCACUUGGGGGUGGUCUCUUUGCAAUCCAUUACAGAUAUUGAUUAACCCUACACAUAACAGACGUUUCCCUAACCCAAUAAUACAGAGGCUAAUACAUUGUAUUCAAGCAGGGCUUCCCUUGGGUCAAACUUAGAAACAUUUACCCUGAUCUGCAAGAAAACCAGACAAGGCUCAAUACCUCAUCCAAUUAACAUUCAGCAAAGUGUAACUCUGCAACUAUUUACAAGGUGUUUGUCUUUUAUGCAGUCAUCCAAUCCAUUCUAUGCAUUUUGCACCUAAUUGACACGGUCUGCAGAUGUUUCUAUACUUUACUGCAGCUUGUAUCUAGGCUCUAGCGAAGCUGGCACCACUCCAUAGCUUGUCCCAUUUCUGCAGAGAUCAAUUCCAAAUUGACCAAAUCUCCCAGCAGCCCUGAACUUUUUACCUAAUUUUAGAGUCCUAGCCUCUCCAAUCUGGCCAGGAUUAACUUGUGUGGUGUAGUUUAUUUAUAAUGACAAGGAAGUUUAUAUCUGUAUGCAGGCUGUCCCUGGUAAUCUCAGGCUAGUUGUGGGAAGUCAGUCCUGGUCUUGAAGGAGGAGGCUUGUGCUUUUCCCUCCGUUUCUGCCCUACCUCUUGACCGUUUGUCUCAACUGUUGGGCUUGAACAGGUGGUGCUGGCAGCCCCAGGCUUACCCUGGUGGCAUAGUAUUUUCUCUGUGUGUGGGUGCAGUCCCUUGUUUUCUGUGUGCAGGUAAGAGGCACUGGCUGUCUCGGGAUUGUCUGGUUUACUUAGUCUUGGCCUCAGAGACGGGCACUGGCUGACUAGUGUUUUUCCCGGCUGUUCAAUGUUGCCCACAUGGUUGUGCGGGUGCAACAGGGGAGCACAUCUUACUAACGAUUGAUUUAGUGAUUCAGGCGACAAGAGGUGAUUAAUGAAGGUAGAGCAGUGGAUGUUGUGCACUUGGACUUUAGGAAGGUAUUUGAUAAGUGUCCUCAUGGUCAG